ACCAUGAUGGUGUGUUAAUAAUGAAAUGUAUUUGGUGACAUAUUAUUUAUGAAUUUAGACUAAUAUAUUGUCAUAGAUUAUAUUUUAUGCCAGCUUGUGUGUCAGUGACUGUCUUAGUAUAAUUUAUUAGCCCCAGUAGUGAUAAAUGAUUCAUAUUCUUACCUGAAAUUAAAGUAUAUGAUAAAAAUCCAUUUGUCACUAUCUUAUCCUGACUAAGUCUAACUAAAAUGUUUGUAUUUCCUAUUGUAUAGUUGAAAUGUGAUACUUUGAAGAGAAGAGAGAAUGACCUUCAUUUUCAAACUGUAAACAAUAAAAUUAUUUCCUUUUUUAAUCAUGUUUAGAGAAUGACCUUAAUUUUCAAACUGUGAAAAAAAAUCCUUCUUUAAUCAUGUUUACAAAAAAUUAACUGGUGGUGUCAUCAAAGGAAUCUAUUUGUGGUAUAAAUAAAGUAAUUAGGUACCUAUGUAACUAUAAAAUUAUCACGUUCAUUUUCAAAUAAAAAUCAAAGGGAGGAUAAAUAGAAAGUUUUCACAGGUUAUCAAGUAAUUAAGGUAAGUGUUGUUGCUCAAUUGUUAAAGUGUGUAUAUAUGCUGGUGAUAUUCAAUAUGUAAAACCAUACCAACAUCAUGGCAGACAUUAUUUUUUCUUGUAUUGAUUGUGGUGCCAAUGUCAUUGACGAUGAUGAAGCUAUUUCGUGUGAUAUUUGUGAAAGAUGGCAACACAGGAGAUGCAACACUGGUAUAACCCUCAGACAGUAUCGCCGGAUGGUGAGGCAGGAGAUUGAACUUCCCUGGUCUUGCGACCAGUGUCGGGAACAUCCUGCUGCCGUACUUGACCAUACCGCUGCAUAUGAACCCGCUGCAGACGAACCAACAGAACCCGCUGCCGACGAACCAGCAGACUAUGCAGCCAACGGGAUUCAAGAUAAUUCUUUCAAUGCCCAUGGAGACAUAAGAGAGAGACCUCACAUACAGAAUGGGGAAUUACCAGACCCACCACCCAACAGGAAUGUCAUCCCAGAUGGUCCCGUUACGUAUGAGGUGGUAGAAGGAGCCACAAGAAAAGGUGGACAGAUGCUCCUUGGGAGUGACGGAUAUACAUACGUAGUAAAAAGAAGCAAUCCAGUUACUGGCUUUGUGUACUGGGUGUGCAAUGUGAGGUCGAAAGCUAAGCACUGUUCUGCCUGGGUGAACAGUAUGGCGAAGAUCGUGUAACAGGAGAGAUCGUCCACAACCACCCUGCGGAUCCAACCAAACUUGGCAAGAUGAAGUUCUCUGUACUGAUGAAAGCCAAAGCCGUCGCCCAGGUGUCCAGACCAGCGGGACAAAUUGCGAAGGAGGCCAUGCGGGAGUUAGCGGCGCUCAACGUACAAGUCACAUCGGAAUCUGACGAAGGCUAUCAACCGCAAACGCAUGGGGAUACGGCCAAAAGACCCUCUACCGAAUGAGCUUGAGUUUGAAAUAGACACAGAGAACAUCAAGUCGAUCGAUUUUCUUGUUGACGACAUCAGGCUCGAUGGUGCUCGUCACAUUCUGUUUGCAACACCAGUGCAACUGCAACUUCUUCAGCGGGCCAAGCGGUGGUUCAUUGAUGGGACCUUCAAGGUUGUGAGUCGUCCCUUUUAUCAGCUGAUGUGAAUCCACACCUUCAUCAAGAAGACGACUCGGUCAAACAGGUUCCAUUACUGUUUGUCCUCAUGUCCCGUCGGCAGAAGAGGGACUAUAUUGCUGUGUUUCAAUCCCUGAUCCAGCAUCUAGCCCCAGAACAGGUCAACGUGGAGUGGUUUAUGUUGGAUUAUGAAGCAGCUGCCUGACAAGCGAUCUACGGUAGUGUGACACGUUGUGGUCUCAGUGCAACCUACAGUCAGGGAGGAGACACGUAUGGAUUCAUCCGGUUCUUGCACUGCCAUUCCUACCAUCAGAACACAUACAAGGAGCCUACGAAGAAUUACGGACGCAAGCGGCCAACGGACCAGAAGAGCUGCACAGACUGAUUGCGUACGUCGACAGAAACGUGGAUUAACGGGAACCUGUGGGGUCAUACCCGACCGCAGUAUGGUGUCGAUACCGUACAUGUUUGCACGACCCAGGACCUCAGUAACCGGGAUCUUGUCUUGCCAUCUGAUGCCUAAUAUUUUUUCGGAAGCAUACUGCGUGAAAGUGGUUUAGCUUCUCGGUGUGUCUCUGGUACACCGCCCAGGUCUCGUUGGCAUAAAGUAAGGAUAUAAUUUUUU